CUUUAUUAGACAAAGCAAACAAAUCCCACAAGGCGUGAGAGGAAGAGUUUAAAGAUACAGAGAAUUGGUCACCCCAAGAAGGAGUGGGUAAGGGAAGAGUUACAGGUGAAUGAAGAUCCAACGAAAAAGAGACCCUGGACAGCAAACAAAGGAAGGCCGAGAGUUCAAUCUCUGGCGGAGCCCAGCUCUGCAAAAACUCCAUCCCCUGAUCUUUGUCGAUCUUUUUGUGAGCCAAAAUCCAAUCAAUGAUUCCUCUCACUGCCUUCCUCGCGAUCACCCGAGGAGUGCAGCUUAGCUCUUGAAAGAUCCUCCUGUUUCUUUCUUUCCAUAUUUCCCAACAAAUUGCAUGAACAACACAGUAACGAAACCAAGACUCCAUACCAUCCAUGCGAUUAGUAGAAUUGCUGUUGAUGAUGUCUGAAAUAUCUUCAGAAGCGAAGUCGAGAAGAGUUCCGGAGCUGUAUACCUCGCCCCAAACUUGCCUGGUGUAGCUGCAAUUUACCAAUAGAUGAUUAAUCGAUUCUUCCUCUUUGAAGCAGAGGACACACCUGCUUGCCAUCUCCAAUCCUUGCUUCUUCAGAUUGUCCAUAGUGAGAAUUCUUUUAUGCCACACUAACCAGAUGAAACCACAAAUCUUCAUGGGAAUGACACUCUUCCAAACCGCAGCAUGCUGGAAGUUAUCCACCCCAAGAAACCUCUCUGCCACCUGCCACCUGUAACAAGAACUAACCGAGAACAACAAAUCUGUAUCCGGGUUCCAUACCAUCCGACAAGGGCUUUUACAUAUUCUAUAGGUAUUAGCAUUGAUCUCGCCAGGAAAGGAAAGUCUCUCAAUUUCCGCCCCACCCCGAAGAUGGAGGGAUUGGAGAGGACGAAAUCAAGGCUGCCUAUGAAGGAAUGAGGUUUCUCAGCUGUAUUCAAAGGCUUCGAAUCCUACCUCCUGGCUCAUCCUUCAUCUUAAAAUCAAAAGUUCAAACUAAUGUUACCCUGAACUAUCGUAUUAUACUUCAAAUACGAUAUACUCAGCCGUAUAAACUUGCCGUUUUACGUCUUACAUGAUGUAAGAAUACGAGCGGAUUACCAUAAAACCAAACUCUAAUCCAUAUCUAAUAGGGACUCACAAUCCCACCAGGAAACCAAAUCUUUCCUCCGCCUAGAAUUAAGUAUAUAUCUGGACACAAACCAAAGGGAUUAAUCAUCCUUUUGAAGGGUAGAACCUGACGACUGAAGAGGACAGUUUAGUUUACUACAACUAUUAUCAAACGUCGCCGAUGAGUUUUUCUUCUCCCGAAUCCUCAUCCUCCGCCGCCACCACCAUCACCGUCCCUCCCUUUCGGACUCGCCUUCCGCCACAACCAUACCCCGGCCCGGCCCCUCCGUGGUUUCCCCCGCCUCCAAGCAACAACUUUGCUCCCGGCCCCAGUUUCAUCGGUCCUCCUCGGCCAAUCCCAAUGCCGGCGAUGAGACCUCCGCUGCCGCUUUACCAUCCACGGUGGUGGCCGCUGCUGCGGCCAGCAUUGCCGAAUCCAGUGUUGUACAACUGGGCAGCGUAUGCCUCUUACAUUCACUCGGCCAUCAGGAACCAAGUGGAGUACUACUUUAGCAAGGAGAACUUGAUCAAAGACCUGUACUUGAGAAAGCAUAUGGACGGGCAAGGGUGGGUGGACAUUGGGUUGAUAGCCGGUUUCAAUAGGAUUUCAAGGCUGACCAGAGAUGUCAACGUGGUUCUGGAUGCUCUGAGGAUUUCUAGUGUGGUGGAAGUUUGUGACGGUAAAGUGAGAAGAAGAGGCGAUUGGUCUGCGUGGGUAAUCACCAAGGGAUGAAGUCUUUUGAGCCAAAGGAAGCCGUAAGGAUGUUGAAAAUAGCUCUGAAAAGAUGGGAUAAAGAAGAAAGCAUACUGAACCUAAGAGAAAUACUCAAAUACUUGUUCUGAAGGCCCCUAAGCGCAAAGCAAGCAACGAUGGGUCGCUUUCAAGGUUCCAUUGUCGAAUCCUUGAAUUGCCCUCUGGCUUUCUUUCACGGUUGAGCUUAAGCCAAAUCCACCAAAAAUUUCAGCUAGGGCUUAUUAAGGAGGCUUAGCUUCUCUCUUUUCUCUUGUUUUAGUUGUAAGAUAUCUUAAAGUAAUCAGUAAACUAGUAAGUAAGUCGUGCUCUUAUUAUCAAGUUAGUUUGUCAAUGAAUGAAACUCUGCCUAUCUUAGCUGCUCAAAUUGCCUAUACUAAAUCAUAUAUAGAGUAAAGCAUGCUUCUUCAU